AAAAAAAAAAAAAGGAAGGGGAAAGGGGGAAAAAAUAAGAAAAAGCGAGACAGAGGCGCUGCCGCGUCUGCUCGCGGGGAAGGCUAGGAAGGGAGGGGGUGGGAGGAAGAAGUGCCGGCUCCUCGCUCCGCCCUCGCGGACCGAUCCGCAGACGUGCUCACUCUUGUAAACAACAGCGAGCGGCUCACUCUCCCCCGCCCCCUCUUCCUCCGCGCUGCCUUUCCUGGCCAGCGAGCAAAAGGAGGAGUCUGCCUAAAAAGCUGCGCUGUUAGAGACAGGCUGGGCAAGUCAUCCUCGCUGGGGUGGGAGGAGGGAGAAGCGUUUUCAUGGACUAAGACAAGCCAAAGGUGCGCGGACUCGUUUUCCUGGAGGAGCGGAAGGUUCCUCGGCGACCACACGGUGACGUCAGCGCCUUCUCGGCCGGCUGGAAGAGGCGUGCGGUGGUCGGAGAGUGCGCUGCGCAUGCGCCCCUGAGAAGAAAGGAGCGGCGGAGCGCCCGGCCGGGGAUGAAGGACUUCAGGACGGAGUACUUGGCAGGUCCUGAAGGGGUUCACCUCCUGGGAUUGUUGAACCUCCAUUUGGAACAAGAACAGAAAUUUCAACCUCGAGAAAAAGGACUGAGCUUGAUCGAGGCUACCCCGGAGAAUGAUGUUACAUUGUGUCCAAGAUUGAGAAAUGCCAAAGUAGAAGAUUUAAGGAGUUUAACUAACUUUUUUGGAUCUUGCACUGAAACCUUUGUCCUGGCUGUCAAUAUUUUGGACAGAUUUUUGGCUCUUAUGAAGGUGAAACCUAAACAUUUGUCUUGCAUUGGAGUCUGUUGUUUUUUGCUGGCUGCUCGAAUUGUUGAAGAAGAAUGCAAUAUUCCAUCUACUUACGAUGUAAUUCGGAUUAGUCAAUGUAAAUGUACUGCUUCUGACAUAAAACGGAUGGAAAAAAUAAUUUCAGAAAAAUUGCACUAUGAAUUGGAAGCUACUACUGCCUUAAACUUUUUGCACUUGUAUCAUACUAUUAUGCUUUGUCACACUUCAGAAAGGAAAGAUAUUUUAAGCCUUGAUAAACUAGAAGCUCAGCUGAAAGCUUGCAACUGCCGACUUACCUUUUCAAAAGCAAAACCAUCGGUACUAGCCCUGUGCCUUCUCAAUUUGGAAGUAGAAACUUUGAAAUCCGUUGAAUUACUGGAAAUUCUCCUGCUUGUUAAAAAACAUUCCAAGAUUAACGACACGGAAUUCUUUUACUGGAGAGAGUUAGUUUCUACAUGCCUAGCUGAAUAUUCUUCUCCUGAAUGUUGCAAACCAAAUCUUAAGAAGUUGGUUUGGAUUGUUUCAAGGCGCACAGCCCAGAACCUCCACAACAGCUACUAUAGUGUUCCUGAACUGCCAACAAUACCAGAGCAGGGUUGUUUUGAUGAAAGUGAAAGUGAGGACUCCUGUGAAGACAUGAGCUGUGGAGAGGAGAGUCUCAGCAGCUCUCCUCGCGGUGGUCAAGAGUGCAGCUUCUUCUUCAACUUCCAAGUGGCACGGACACUGUGCUUCCCACCGUAGAAAUCUAAUGUUCUGUGUCGGAAUUUAAAGCGUGUGUGCAGAUUUCAAAGCAAUAAACGGAGUAGGUAGUUUUCUGGUCCAGCCCCCAUCUAGGCAGGAAUUAAAUAGACUGGCAUACCUGCCCUCUAUUUAUUCUUCAGAUCAGAUCUGGCCUAUUUUCAUAUUUAAUCCUAAGCCAUCCAAUGGGUUAGUGCCUCUUAAACAAUGAACAAUACUUUAGACAUUGGCACUUUAUUUUUCAUGUUGAUCUUUAGCUACUUGGGGGAGCAGGGAAGGUGCUAAACCUUCAAGUUACUUUUCAGUAUUUUUAAUGAUGAGUAGUGUAGCUUAUUUGAAACUUUUCUAGAACCUUCAGGUGUCUUCAUUUAAACAGACUGGAAGUAUGCAAGUGCUUCCAUGGCAGGGCUUGUCCUCGAUUUCUCCAUCCCCAUUCUCAGAAUAGAGAAUUUGUGCUUAAAUGUCAAACACCUUUUUUGUCUGUUUUUAAAAUGAUUCAUGUACUAUCUGACGGAGAUCAUAUAAGCUUAGGAAUUAAAAUACUGACACGCCUGUGAAUUUUAGUGUAUCAUGUCCCCCUCGAGGUUUCUGCUUUAGCAGAAAGCAUUGACUGACUAGGGCUGUGAGAUGGUUGCAUUUCUAACGUCUGAGUAUUGUCAGACUAGAGUAUUAUUUUAAUGUUAUUUAAAAAAUCCACAAUCUGCUAGUUUUGCAUGUAUCUGUAUGAAAGCAAGAAGGAAGUUGCACAGAAUAGGUAACUGGAAUGGAUAAACGUUGAGUUAGUGGCACAUUUGAUCUCAUUUUCUUGUAUUAAAAAAAGUCUGCAUGAUUAUGUUUUCCUUCCUUUGUAUUCCCAUUU